UUCCUCCUUCAGUCCGCGCGUGGAAUUUUUUAGGUGCGCUCCUCUUCUUCCGUGCGUCAAGUUUGGAACUAUCCGCGCCGUCCUCGCCAUGGCCGCACUGAAAAGUCUCUAUGAGGCUUCUGCCAAGUUACUUACAGGGGAGGCAUUUAAUUUCUCCUCGCUUAAAGGCAAAGUCGUCCUCAUCGAGAACGUUGCGUCUCUAUGAGGUACGACAACCAGGGAUUACACCCAGAUGAAUGAGCUCCACGAGAAGUACUCCUCGAAGGGGCUCGUUGUUCUGGGAGUUCCCUGCAAUCAGUUUGGACAUCAGGAGAACUGCAAGAAUGAAGAAAUCCUGAUGUCGCUGAAAUAUGUCCGUCCAGGAAACGGCUUCGAGCCAAAAUUCCAUCUCCUUGAGAAGGUUGACGUAAACGGAAAGGAUGCACACCCGUUGUUUGUGUAUCUCAAAGACAAGAUCCCUUUCCCCAGCGACGAGUCGAUGUCCUUCAUGACCGACCCAAAGAACAUCAUUUGGAGUCCCGUCAAUAGGAAUGACAUCGCUUGGAAUUUCGAGAAGUUCCUCAUUGGUCCGGACGGGGAGCCUUUCAAACGCUACGGCCGGAGAUUCCUGACGAGCAACAUCGAGGCGGAUAUAAAGAAGCUCCUCAACAUUGCAAACUAGUACGUCCAGGCACUGACACAAAUGCCAUGCCCGCGGUCGGCAUGUCACCUGUGCUUCUUCGCGAUGUGCCUGUGUCUUGACUUUUACUUUAUGAAGGUAUCCCUAUAAACACACGUGUGGGGGACACCAGAUGCCAUGUAAAAGACUUGACUUGACAGUUGCACCGCCUGUCGAUAGCACUGUUGUUCUGCUGAUCAAAUAAAUUUAUUUUUUACAUGAA